AAGUGAAGUGUGUUAGGUAUAUUUAAUCUAAUUACAUAAUUAUAUAUCUUUAAAGAACGAUUAGGUCUUUAUAGCCGUAUUAAUUCCCGGCGCCAAAGUGUCCCGGCGGCGUAAUUACUAUCUGUAGUACUGUACAGUUCCUACCUACUCCCUACCGGGGUACAGAUUGGAAUCGACAACAUGCGUUCUUCCUUAUUUCUAACUAAGGCACAGAGCCACAGUUAUCAAUCACGCUAUCCCAUGACGCAACCUCUACCACUCAUACGUCCUAUUACUUAGGUACUUGUUGACUGCUAAUCGUUUGUGUGCAUUUGACACACUAAUAGGUUUCAGUACUAUUACCCUUUGAUAUUAUCGUCCCAUAGUCUUUUAAAUGACAUCGUGUGUUUUAAAGGGUGAGUACUGAUUUGAGGUGUUUGAGGGCGAGGAAGCAUGAAAAAGAAAACUUGCUGCACUGAUGCAUUGUGACCAUUGCGCGUUAAAUUUUCGCUUUCUGAAGGUGUCCACCGAGUUGAUGCAGCCAGAACAUGUUUUGUGAAUACUCCACUAAGCCUUUCAGUCGUUCAUUUCGCAAAAAUGUAUAUCAUUUUAAAAAUGAACGUCAUAAGUGCAUGUUUUUAAACUAAGAUACAGCGGUGUGACAACAGCAUAACAUGUUGAAUAAUUGAUAUGACCUCUUCUUGCUCUCAAUACAUCUCCAGUAUGAUAUGAUUGAACGAUAUGACCUAAACAAAUCCGAUAUUAUUAUUUUUUGUAUCUUGGCUUCGCACUGAAUGGAUUUUCUUUUUCUCAGUUCAUCCCAAGGUUUUCGUGAGGAUUAUAUAUCGGAAAUAGUGUUAUUUUCCAUAGAAUAUACUCGUACUAGUAUCAAACAACCAGUCGACGAUGCAAUCAAUCAAUCAAGCCGAAGAGCAAGAUAAGACGCCAGCCACUUUUUGCGUACGAGUGCGUUCAAUUCUGUCUCUAGUUACCGUAGAGCCUUUAAUGUUUCUGUUCGUGUUUCCAAGCAUGCUGCUAACUUUAUCAAUAGUUAAUUUGCAUAUGGACAAAGCUUGCCGGGUCAAUUUGCAAUUAAAUGCGUCAGUGUGCGAUGGAUUAUCCCAGCGUAAUUCAAGCAUGUACACCAGUGAAGAAGAGAAUAUGGUUCAGAGAAUGGUGGCGAACAUGAAUAUGUGGAAAGCCGUAAUCCAAAGUGUUUUACCACCGUGUUUGCUCCUUAUGUUGGGAGCAUGGAGUGACAAACACAACCGUCGUAAGCUGCUAAUGGGGUUUCCCAUAGUUGGAGAAGUUAUAACCGUAACUGGUUUUAUAUUGUGCACGUAUUUCUUUUAUGAAUUGCCUAUGGAGGUCACUGGUGUGGUUGAAUCUCUACCUACUUCGGCAACUGGUGGAUGGUUCGUUAUGUUUAUGGCGGUUUACAGCUACGUGGGUGCCGUUUCGACUCUAGAAUCGAGAACGCUUAGAAUUGGGGCACUUAAAAUAUGUGCCACGGGUUCUAUUAUGGUCGGGACGGCAAUGAGCGGAAUUUGUUAUCGAUUAAUCGGUUUGUAUGGAAUUUUUUCUACGGCGCUCUUUCUAUUCGUGGUUGGCUUAAUUUAUACGGUGUUAGUUAUUCGUGAAGUUGGAACUGCCGCUCCACAAGCAAAUAAGUCGACAUAUACAUCGUACAAGGACUUCUUCAACUAUCAACACAUGAAGUCUACAUUUUACUUUGCAUUUAAACGAAGAGACGGAAAUCGGCGCGCAAGAAUGUUCGUGAGUUUUGUGCUGCUUUGUUUAACUUUUGGCCCUGUACAAGGUGAGACUAGUGUGGUGUAUUUAUUUAUUCGCAAACGUUUUCAGUGGAGCGAGGUAGAGUUUAGUAUUCUAUUCAGCAUCAAAAUUGUCUUACACCUAGUAGGAACUGUACUGCCACUACUGAUACUUUCCAAAUAUUUAAAAAUGGACGACACUGUUAUUGGAAUGAUCUGUUAUCUGGGAAAAUUUGUUUCUGGUUUUUUGUGCGCCUUUAGUACGUCACCUCUAAUGUAUUGUAUAGGCAUGGUGGUAGAAAUGUUUUCUCCAACAACUUUCAUUACAGUGAGAUCAAUUGGAACUAAAUUGGUAUCGGUCGAAGAACAAGGAAGAUUGAACGCGCUAAACUCUAUAUUUGAAGCCUUAAUUCCGUUAGGAUUCGUAUCGGUCUACAACUUUGUCUAUAAGAAAACAAUUGAUUUUUUCCCCGGAACCUUUUACAUUGUGUCCAGUUUGACAUGCAUACCAACCAUGAUUCUAUUGGGAUGGUUAUAUCUUCAACGAAAACAUGACAUCGAAGAAGACAAAAUGCACGAACAAUCAACCCUUUAACAUUUUCCUCGUCUAUUCAUACUAAAUUACUUACACGCAUAUAACAUAAAUGGUUUUUCAAACACAUAUGACCGGGGUGCAAUGAUAAAUAAAGUAUGUCAAGUAAGCAAAACUAUUUCGUUUAGCUCACCCCGAAUCCAUAUUAUAAUAAUGAGUUAAAGUCAAGAAUAAAAAUGAUCAGAAAACCACUUGGUUAACGGCGCAAAAAAAAUCACUCAGAAAAUCAAAUCUAAAUUGAAACGAAACUCAUCAAAGGGAAUAAGGUAAAUUCCUUUUUGAAUUCACCAGAACAGACUAA